AUUCCGCCACUGACAGCCUAUGCCAUUCAUUCCCAAGUGGUGUAUUGGGACGACACGUGGUUCUUCUUUUCCCAUCGCUUUGACUGUCCUGGCACUGGCACGUUCUUCGCCGAAGGUAUUACGCGAGUGAUCAUCAAGGACUCUCACCGCCGCACGGUCGGAUUGGCACAAGUGUUGGCUCAACUUGGGCUAGACGGCACGCAGAAAUCUCCCCCCAUGCCAGAUAUCGUCACAGGAUGUCUCGCUUGGGAUGCAGCGACGAAAGCGGCCAUGGAGUCCAAUGAACACGACCGCCACGCACGAGCAAAGUCGGCAUAG